UUCUCUCCUACCGGGAGCAGCAGAGGGAUCUGGAGGUGGCUGGACCCGAGGGGCCGCCGCCGCCGCUGCUGCAAGUUUUCUGGGGGCUCCUGACAAACGGGGAGCAGACUAGGCACCGGCAUGCAGAGUAAUAUGGUCCGGAAAAAGAACCCCCCUCUGAGAAACGUUGCUAGUGAAGGCGAGGGUCAGACCCUGGAGCCAAUAGCUACAGAGAGCAAGGUGUCUACAAAGGACAAAGAGUUUUCUGCAGAUCAAAUGUCAGAAAACACAGAUCACAGCGAUGCUGCAGAACUGAACACGAAAGAGGAACACAGCGUGCAUGGCCAAGAUCCAUCUUCUAGCAGUAAGAAGGACUUGCAAAUCUCAGACCUGAGUGAGAAGGCAGGCUUCAGUUAUGAAAGCCCGAGUAAGGGAGGAAACCUUGCCUCCUUCCCGCACGAUGAGGUAACAGACAGAAAUAUGUUGGCUUUCUCAUCUCCAGCUGCUGGGGGAGUCUGCGAGCCCUUGAAGUCUCCUCAAAGAGCAGAGGCAGAUGACCCUCAAGAUAUGGCCUGCACCCCAUCAGGGGAUUCAUUGGAGACAAAGGAAGAACAUAAAAUGUCACCAAAGGCUACUGAGGAAACAGGGCCAGCGCAGAGUGGUCAAGCCAAUUGUCAAGGUUUGAGCCCGGUUUCCGUGGCCUCAAAAAACCCACAAGUGCCUUCAGAUGGGGGUGUAAGACUGAGUAAACCCAAAACUGACUUACUGGUGAAUGACAACCCAGACCCGGCACCUCUGUCUCCAGAGCUUCAGGACUUUAAAUGCAAUAUCUGUGGAUACGGUUACUAUGGCAAUGACCCCACAGAUCUGAUUAAGCACUUCCGAAAGUAUCACUUAGGACUGCAUAAUCGCACCAGGCAGGAUGCUGAGCUGGACAGCAAAAUCCUGGCCCUUCAUAACAUGGUGCAGUUCAGCCAUUCCAAAGACUUCCAGAAGGUCAACCGAUCUGUGCUUUCUGGUGUGUUGCAGGACAUCAGCCCUUCACGGCCUGCUUUACUAAACGGGACCUAUGAUGUACAGGUCACUUCAGGUGGAACAUUCAUUGGCAUUGGACGGAAAACUCCAGAUUGCCAAGGCAACACCAAGUAUUUCCGCUGCAAAUUCUGCAAUUUCACUUAUAUGGGCAACUCAUCAACUGAACUAGAGCAACAUUUUCUUCAGACUCACCCGAAUAAAAUAAAAGUUUCUCUCCCAUCCUCCGAGGGUGCGAAACCUUCGGAGAAAAACUCUAACAAAUCCAUCCCCGCGCUUCGAGCCAGUGACUCUGGGGACUUAGGAAAGUGGCAGGACAAGAUAACAGUGAAGGCGGGAGAUGACACCCCUGUCGGCUACUCAGUGCCCAUCAAGCCCCUGGAUUCCUCGAGACAAAAUGGUACAGAGGCCACCAGUUAUUACUGGUGUAAAUUUUGUAGUUUCAGCUGUGAGUCAUCCAGCUCACUCAAGCUGCUAGAACAUUAUGGCAAGCAGCAUGGAGCAGUGCAGGCAGGCGGCCUUAAUCCAGAGUUGAAUGACAAGCUUCCCAGGGGCUCUGUUAUUAAUCAGAAUGAUCUAGCCAAAAGCGUAGAAGGAGAGCCAUUGACCAAGCCAGAAAAGGGCUUGAGUGGGGCUAAAAAGAAGGACUUCCCCAGCAAGGGGGCAGAGGAUAAUGUGGUAACAAGCUAUAACUGUCAGUUCUGUGACUUUAGAUAUUCCAAAAGCCAUGGCCCUGAUGUGAUUGUAGUGGGUCCACUUCUCCGUCAUUACCAACAGCUCCAUAACAUCCAUAAGUGUACCAUUAAGCACUGUCCGUUCUGCCCCCGAGGCCUCUGCAGCCCAGAAAAGCACCUUGGAGAGAUUACUUAUCCGUUUGCUUGUAGAAAGAGUAAUUGUUCCCACUGUGCGCUCUUGCUGCUGCACUUGUCUCCUGGGGUGGCCGGAAGUUCCCGAGUCAAACACCAGUGCCACCAGUGUUCCUUCUCUACCCCCGAUGUAGACGUCCUCCUCUUUCACUACGAGACCGUGCACGAGCCCCAGGCGUCGGAGGUCAAACAGGAAGCAAACCAUCUGCUAGGAUCUGACGGGCCGCUGGCUGUCAAGGAAAGCAAAGAACACUCGUGCACCAAAUGCGAUUUUAUGACCCAGGUGGAAGAAGAGAUCUCUAGACACUACAGGAGAGCACACAGCUGCUACAAAUGUCGCCAGUGCAGUUUCACAGCUGCUGACACUCAGUCACUAUUGGAGCACUUCAACACGGUUCACUGCCAGGAACAGGAAAUCACUACUGCUAAUGGCGAAGAGGAUGGCCAUGCCAUACCCACCAUCAAAGAAGAGCCCAAAAUUGACCUCAAGGUCUACAGUCUGCUAAACCCAGACUCUAAAAUGGGAGAGACAGUUCCCGAGAGCAUAGUCAAGAGGGAGAAACUUGAUGACAAGGAAGGGCUGAAAGAUAAAGUCUGGACUGAGAGUUCCACUGAUGAUCUUCGUGGUGUGACUUGGAGAGGGGCUGACAUCCUACGGGGCAGUCCAUCCUACACUCAAGCAAGCCUAGGGCUCUUGACGCCUGUGUCCAGCUCCCAAGAGCAGACAAAGACUCUGAGGGACAGCCCCAAUGUUGAAGCUGCCCACCUGGCCCGACCUAUGUAUGGCUUGGCUGUCGAUACCAAGGGCUUCCUGCAAGGGGCGUCUGCUGGUGGCGAGAAGUCUGCAUCCCUGACCCAGCAGUAUCCUGCUUCCGGAGAGAGCAAGACCAAGGAUGAAUCCCAGUCGCUGUUACGGAGGCGAAGAGGCUCUGGUGUUUUUUGUGCCAAUUGCCUGACCACAAAGACCUCUCUUUGGCGAAAGAAUGCAAAUGGCGGAUAUGUAUGCAAUGCAUGUGGUCUCUACCAGAAACUUCACUCGACUCCGAGGCCUCUAAACAUCAUUAAACAAAACAACGGUGAGCAGAUUAUUAGGAGACGAACGAGAAAGCGCCUUAACCCGGAGGCACUUCAGGCUGAGCAGCUCAACAAGCAGCAGAGGGGAAGUGGUGAGGAGCAGGUCAACGGAAGCCCCUUAGAGAGGAGGUCCGAAGACCACUUAAACGAAAGUCACCAGAGAGAAAUCCCACUUCCAAGCCUAAGUAAAUAUGAAGCCCAGGGUUCAUUGACUAAAAGCCAUCCUGCUCAGCAGCCGGUCCUGGUCGGCCAAACCCUGGAUAUUCACAAAAGGAUGCAGCCUUUGCACAUUCAGAUAAAAAGUCCUCAGGAAAGUACUGGAGAUCCAGGAAACAGUUCAUCUGUAUCUGAAGGGAAAGGAAGUUCUGAAAGAGGCAGUCCCAUAGAGAAAUACAUGAGACCUGCAAAACACCCCAACUAUUCUCCGCCAGGCAGCCCUAUUGAAAAGUACCAGUAUCCACUUUUUGGACUUCCUUUUGUACAUAAUGACUUCCAGAGUGAAGCUGAUUGGCUACGGUUCUGGAGUAAAUAUAAGCUCUCUGUUCCUGGGAAUCCACACUACUUGAGUCACGUGCCUGGCUUACCAAAUCCUUGCCAAAACUAUGUGCCUUAUCCCACCUUCAAUCUGCCUCCUCAUUUUUCAGCUGUUGGAUCAGACAAUGACAUUCCUCUAGAUUUGGCGAUCAAGCAUUCCAGACCUGGGCCAACUGCAAACGGUGCCUCCAAGGAGAAAACAAAGGCACCCACAAACGUCAAAAAUGAAGGUCCCUUGAAUGUAGCUAAAACGGAGAAAGUUGACAGAAGCACUCAAGAUGAACUUUCAACAAAAUGUGUGCACUGUGGCAUUGUCUUUCUGGAUGAAGUGAUGUAUGCUUUGCAUAUGAGUUGCCAUGGCGACAGCGGACCUUUCCAGUGCAGCAUAUGCCAGCAUCUGUGCACGGACAAAUAUGACUUCACAACGCAUAUUCAGAGGGGCCUGCAUAGGAACAAUGCACAAGUGGAAAAAAACGGAAAAUCUAAAGAGUGAAACCUUAGCACUUAGCACAAUUAAAUAGAAAUAGGUUUUCUUGAUGGGAAUUCAAUAGCUUGUAAUGUCUUAUGAAGACCUAUUAAAAAUACUUCAUAGAGCCUGCCUUAUCCAACAUGAAAUUCCCUCUUUAAAAAAAAAAAUUCUUUCUUUUGAUGAGUAGGUUACCAAGAUUUUAAAAUGAAACAUAUGGUCAGUGAGAAAGAAUGGGAAAUGAUAAACAUGAAUUAAAAAAAAAAAAAAAAGCCUAGUGAGUCAAAAAUAUCUUGCCUAAUGUAUACUGGGGAAUCUCCUUACAAAAGCCCACCAAAUUAUAGCUGUUUUGUUGGUAAAGAUACAAAUGCUGUCUAGAAUUUGAGUUUACAUACUAUCAUAUGAAAGCAGUGUUAGGCUGGCUAUUGGCCCCUUCAUUCAAAAGUCUGUAAGAGGUUGCCUAAUUUAAAGACAUCAUGAAAUCCCAGCCAGAUGAGGAGAAAAUGAAUCUCCAGGGCAAUGGAAAACAGCACCCUCUCAAAUUAGUCUCCUCUCAUUGACCAUGUUUCAGAUUUAGACCUCGAAAUGUGAAGUGUGGUUAGGCUUGUUGAGAGAGCAGUAAGAAUCGUGACAGUUGGUGGUACAAUGUUUUUCUGGCCAGCCCUGCCUGUACAUACACAUACACAUCCUCUUUGAUAUUUUUUGUCCUUUAGAUGUUCCAGUACUUGGUAGUCAUUUUGUUUGCAGUGUAGACUCAUUCUGUCCAAAUAUAUCCAUUCUUAAAAACAAUGUCCUCAGUGCUUAUGUAGUAAUUUUAUUUUAGCCAAAUAUUUCUUUCUUGUUUAUGAUGAACUGGUUUGGAAUUUUUCAAGCCUCCUGUUGGUCACUAAUCUCACUUGGCACAUUGUAACUAAAGGAACCCCCCUCAAUUCAAAGACUAGAUCAACAUAAAUGUCAGGCCAUGGGUUUAAUUUGUUCAGGACACAUGGUAUUUCUCCGCAAGGUAACCUGCUGUAUUUAUUUAUUUUCUUUUGGUUAAAUAUAAUUUCCAAACUUUGUGGUCAGGCAGCAUGCGAGGUUACGUUACCACAGACUGACAGUUGGUGUAUGUACCAAUCAAUCCCUUCAUUAGAUUUAUACAGGUUUAGUUAAGUAGCAUUAAAUAGGAUUCUUAGAAGUAUGUCUUCAUAGUACUUUUAAUACUUAAGGCUUUGUAAAAAGAAAAAAAAAAAAACAAACUAUCCAUGAAGGGAGAGCUCCU